GAAGAAGAAGAAGAAGAAGAAGAAGAAGAAGAGGGGGGGAGGAGGUUACACAAACAAGGAUGUGAAUGUGUAAAUUGGAGUAAAUAGUCUCUUUAAAUGUCAGUGUUUUUUGUCAUGAAUGGACUACCUGGUCAUUUUGUUCCCCGGAUGUAAGACUGGAUAAAUUACUGCGCUCCAGUAUUUAUUGAAGCCAAGUGAAAGUAGGUAAGAGGUAAAUGAAAGACUCUGUUUACAUUUGUUAGCAGGUUGUAGCUAACACAGCCUUUAAGUACACGGUCUAUUAAGAGAGGCUGUGUGGAUAGGAUUGGAGUAAUAUUUCCGUAAUGAUGGAUAAUCCCAUAUUAUAUUUGAUUAAUUUAGAUAUUUUAUCCGUCAUAUACAUUCAUUAAAACUGUAGAGAUUUAAAUUGUUGAUUAACGUCAGUCCAGUUUAUACGGUCAGAAAAUACAAACAGCUUCCUGUCAGCUUCUGACUGGUAGUUUAUUUAAGAUUUUUCAUUAUCGUGCCCAGAUGGAAAAUUAGGAUUUGCCUAAAAUGCACAAAGUAUGACCUAAUAUUGUUGUUUUAAAGCGAAACACCCUCUUUACAAAUUCAGGUUUUCAUUUGUCCCUUCCUCUAGAUGAAAAAGAACAAAAAUCAUAGAUAUCUAUCUAUACAGCUGUGCCACAACAAGAUACUCUUCAAAGUCAACAAUUAUACAGUUAUUAAUUGGUAAUAUUUAAAGUCAUGUAGUCCAUAAGUUGAUGUUUUAGUCUGUGGUGCAGAGGUAAGACUAAUCCACCAUUACUGUAAACUUGUAAUAGGUUAUCUCCUUUUCAUUAAACCUAAAUUUUCCAGCAUGUCCACAACUAUCACAUGGAUAGAUGCACUUUUAAGAAUCUGCAUUCAAACGCAUUCUCUGUGAGCUCAAAGUUCAGAUGCACUGAUGUUGUACAUAUUUUAACUGUUUGAUCUACACUACAGGCCAAAAGUUUGGAAGCAAGGCCAUUACAGGCCGAACUGUUGGGAGUAACUUCAAGUUUUUGUUCACAAUGCUUUUUUUAAAAUCCAGCAUGAGUUUUAUGUAUUUUGGGAUGUAUUUACUCCAUGAUCAGAUGUUGCUUUCAUGGAAAUGCACCAUUUUACUCCAUUUAUCUUUAGAUAUACAUUGAUGUUAACAGACCAUUGCUAAACAUAUGUCAGCAAAAGAUAAUAAGGGCUUAGUUUUAGGGUUGAAAACAUUUGCAAGAGUCACAAAUUCAGUGCAAAAGCAAAAAAACAAAUCACAGUUGGAUUAUUCACUUCAACUUUUUGGCUUUUGUGAGUCUGCAUACAAAAAUCCUAAUAAAUCUCAACUGCGUUCAAACUACUGCAGAAAUGGCCAGAAAGAAGCAACUGACAGCACCAAAAAUAAGGGAGGAAAUCAACAUGACAAGGUCGAAACCCAUAUCUCUGACAACCGUGAAAAGAUGUUUAAGAAAGGCUGGUCUGAAGGGUUGUGUAUCUGCAAAAAAACGCUACUUCGUCCACAGAACAAGAAAAAGAGAUAUGAGUGGGCAAAAGCUCACAAAAAUUGGAGUUAUGAUGACUAGAAACAAGUUUGCACUGUUUGGUUCAAAACACAGAGUCUAUGUCCGCAGACAAACUGGUGAACGUCUGAAAGCACCAUGUGUUACACCCACAAUUCAGCAUGGAGGUGGUAGUUCCAUGGUAUGGGGAUGUUUUGCAGGUGAUGGAGUAGGAGAUUUGUUUGAAGUAAAGGGUAUCAUGAAGAAGGAACAGUACCACUCCAUCCUCCAGCACCAUGCUGUUCCAUCUGGACUCAGACUUGUGGCUCAUAAGUUUGUUUUGCAGCAAGACAAUGACCCUAAGCACUCUGCCAAGCUCUGUCAGGGUUACCUAGACCAAAAAGAAGAGGAAGGUGUUCUUCAAAAGAUGGUUUGGCCCCCUCAGUCUCCAGACCUUUCUCAAUUGAGCUUGUGCGGGAUGAAUUGGAUUGAUCGGUCAGAAAAACAUGUCCCACGAAUCAGCAGUCUCUUUUUAAUGAACUUAAGAAAGCUUGGGAUACAAUCCCUGGAACAUACCUUACAAAACUUGUGGAACGAAUGCCUGGUAUAUGCCAAGCUGUUGUUAAAGCCAGAGGAGGUUACUUUAAAGAAAGCAAAGUCUAAGCAACAAUAACUCAAAUACCUAAUAAUUAUAGUCAAAAUGUCUUCUGAUAAGUUACUCUUUACACAAUAGUGUUUAUUGUCUUUCAAAUUAUAUAUAUGAAACUAUGAUCUUUUUUUGUACAAAUCUGAUCUUGCUUCCAAACUUUUGGCCUUUAGUGUAUGUCUUUUACAUACAGAUUUGUCCUGCAUCUGAUUUAAUUUUCAUAAGGAUUCUCGUGUCACUAUUUCUGUCACUGUGGAUCUUUGGGUACUAGUGUCGUUUUUAUUUCUGGUUGAAAGGUUUGUCUUUAAACUUUCCUCCAUUCAGCAACUGUUUUUAUUCACAGGUGUGCUGAUGAAAAAGGAUGGAGCUGUCUCAGAGGGACCGACUGUCAGAGCUGGUGGAGGAGCUGACCACAUCAGGACGGCCUCAGCUCAACGAGGACAAGAUGAAGGAAAUCAAGAAGAUCUGCAAGUAUGUAACUGACAUCAGACAAAGAGUUUAUGCAUUAAAAAAUUCAGACAGUUAGUGAUAAUCAAGACACAAGGUAAUAAUUUGGCUUAACAGAAUGACUGAAAAAGUACUAAUAAUUCUUCAAUCUGUGUCCUCAAUACCUAUCAGAGUAUCAAACGACUGCAUCGACCACGUCUAUCACACCAUCAUGUCUCAGCUCAACCAGGAACAUGCUGAGAUCAGACUGUCCGCCUUCCAGAUCGCUAGUGAGCUUUUCUCCAGAUCUCACCACUUCAGGACGCUGCUGGUUGACAACUUCCAGGUACACAGUUGCUGCUAAUGAAACACUCAGCUCAGGUCUGCUUACAAGCACCACAGCACCUGACUGUACCUGAUUAUUGUAAACUGCAGGAAUUAUUAUUUUUUUUUUUGAGUCCGCUUUCAUCAUUUGAAAAAUAUCAAGCUCCUUCUCUAUUAUUCUUCUUGUGUCUCUAUCCUUGUCCUGGUAGGAGUUCUUGGAGCUGACCGUAGAGACGGACUUGGAGCAGCCCCUCCCCCCUCCUAAAGAAGCAGCCAAAAAGCUGAAGACACUCGCCAUCCAGACCAUUCAGUCAUGGCAGGCCACGUAUGGAACAGCGUACAAGAAGGUAGCUCUGGGCUACCACUUUCUCAAACAAGUCAAGAAGGUGAGCAUUGGGAAUGAAAAUCUUAAAGUUUUUGUGAUAUUUAUAUGAUAUCAAGAAUCCUCCAUGAUCUGAGAGGAGAUGAAGUUUAUUAAAUAACAACUGAUGUAUGUUUGUGCAUCAGUAGUUUGAUUUAAAUGAACCAUGUCCAUCAAUCUAGAUGAAUUACAAGAUUCAAAACACUUAAUUUAAAAGCUGUGUGCUGUGAGUCAUGACGUGUCCAUCAUAGAGGAUGACAUUUUUUCGGGAAUCCCACAGGAUGGGAGUCAUUUUUUAAUCAAUCCCGUAAUCGGUACGGAACAGGAAAAAAAGCAACGGGAGCGGGCAGGAGCAGGAACAACAUUAAUAGAUGAUCAUUUUCAGCCGAUCAUGGGAUUAAUUAAAAAAUGACUCCCAUCCCGUGGGAUUCCCGCGGGAAUCACGUGACCCACGGGAAUUCCCGAAAAAUGUCAUCCUCUGGAUCAGAGGAUGUUUCAUAUCUUUUGGGAUUUUUUCUUAGGCUGCUUGAUAAAAGUUUAAAAAAUCAAACCUUCAGCAGUCUAAGGUGACUCUAAUUUUGUCCUGUGUUUUUUUUGCGGUGUUUAUUUACAGAGUGUUGGCAUUCUAGGUUUUAAACAUCACAAAAAAAUGCAGAAUGAUACCAAGUUCUUGCAAUGUUGGCAUUGUUACCACUAUUUUCUCUUUUUGAGAAACUUGAGGGGUCAUUUGCCUGAAUUUUUUAAGUGGGGAACUAACAUGUAUUGGAGGAUUCAUUACUGUCCACUCAUUUGAUUACCAGAUUUAUUUGUUUAUCUAUUUAAACUACUCUUCCUCAACUAUUCUUCCGGGGGUCCACAAAGAGACAUAACAAUACUAAAGACAUAAUCAAACAAAUAUACAAGAGUAACACAAUAUAUGAAACACCAGAUGAAACAAAGCUGCCACACUCCAAUCAGUUUGUUGUCUUUAUUUACUCUUUUCCCCCUUCAUGUUUUAAUACAUCUGUAAUUUGCAUGAUGUCUCUGUGUUGUAAGGUGGACUUUCAGGACGCUGAGGCUCGGACUGUAGCAGAGAGGAGGCGAGAGGAGGAGAGACAGAGGAAGAUGGCGAGGAUCUACAAAGAGAGGGUGGAGGCAGCGUCUAAAGACAUGGAGGGUAAACAAGUUCCACCUAACAGCAGCACUGUUCAUGUAAAAUGUCGUCAUACAUUAGUGUUUAUAAAGUUUUAUUUCUUUGUCAGAGUCACAGCAGGAAAUUGAGGCGAUUUUGAUGGAAAUGGAGUCAUGUAUGAAGCUGCUCAUCCCUGGGUUUGAACUCCCAGGCAUCCAGACAUCUAGUAGUAGUCGUAGUCCUCCAAACCCCCAACAGGCCAGUGGGAGUCCAUCACUAGAUGAACAACCUUGCUGCAGCAGAGACCUGAAGGAUGACUGGAAAGAAGGAGAGAUGAAAGAGAAGCAAAAGGAGAGGAGGAUCCAGGAGGACACUGACAUGGUAGGAGAGAAGAAAGGAAAGGAAGAGAAGAAGUCUGAGGGGAGUGAAGAUGAGGAGGAAAGUGGUGAGGAAAAUGAGGAACCUCUCGAUGAAGACUGUUUUAUUCGUGACUCAGGGCUCAUCUCUCACUCCUACAGUCUGGACCUGAACAUCAGUCAAGGUAGGUACAACAAAUAUACAGGUGUGAAGGAUGUUAUUAUCAGGAUUUUCGUGUGAGAAGGGCUCUGGUUUUUGUUUUCAUUGUGUUUGUAGUCUGAGUUGUACUGGCCAAUCAGGUAUCAGCAGGUUUUAGUAUAGGGUGAGCAAAAGCAGGAACAGUAAUUACCAAUUUUAAUGACACCUUGUGUAGCUCUCUCUAUUAGGAGGUAUCUGCUUGCAAGUGCAACAAACUCUCUGUUCUACAUAUUUCAACUUGAGAAACACAUCAGCUUGGUGCUGCCUCAUAAAAGCCAGCCAGGGUUCAACUGUGCUUUCUACCAAUGCAUAAAAAAAAAAUGAUGUGACUGUUGGUCCAUGAACAAACCAACAUUUAGAAACCUUUUUUCUCUGAGACAGACCUGGCAGACCUUGAACUUUCAUAUUUCACGAGUCUGCAUCACAAUGUUGUGUUAUACCUGAGACCCAUUGCUCAAAGUAAAUCACAAGAAACCCAGUUUCCCAUUCAGGUUUAUACCACUGAAGUGAGCUAAAGGGAGGCCUUUGUGGAUCUCACUGUUAACAGUGUAACUGAGACCUACUGCAUUGACAGAUCUGAAUGUUUUGAGUCAUAUAUGGAGGGGAAAUUUUUCCUCCCUUUAGUCCUGUACACAUGGUUUGUUUUUACACAUUUUUAGUCAGAGUACACACAGCUGGAUGUUGUCUAUUUCUAACUGCUGCCUAAAUGAAAAUAAUGAGCAGCCUGAGACCUAUUUGCCAUCAUCAGACAGUAGCUUAUGGGUUUGGAUAUUGUAAUGCUGCUAAUACUAUAAAGUACUUCAUUUAACACCUGUUGUAAAAUCUACCACAAUGAAACUUCAACCUUUUUGAAUGGAGAUUGACCUGAACCUUUCUUCUAAAGUGGCAUGUAUCAGACAUGAAAAGUUCUGUGAUAGGACUAAAAGAGAAUUUCAAACCCUCACAUCCUUUUUUUGAACAGCUAGACAAACUUUAGAGCAGCUGUAAUUCAGCUCCUGCAGGUAAACUCAUCCCAUCAGAGGACACUGACUAACAAGGCUUUUAUACCAAAACAAACAAUUACUUUACCCACCUCAAAGUCACCAGACUCCACUAAGAAAAACAACAUUUUAACUCACAAAACUUGGGAGUCUUAGCUUAGUUUGAAUCUGUAAAAUAAUGUAUUUGAUCCAAACCGUUCACCCAGAAUAAUAAAAUCACACAACAUUUUGGAUUGCUGACAGAUAGAGACAAUUUUAAAGCCACUGAGGUGCUACAUAGAUGGGCUAACACUCUCACCGUUGCUUCAGCAGCUUUCUUUUAGAAGUUUUUUUUCUAACCUUGAUGGUCUUCGAUUUGUUCAGAAGGCAAAUAUCCAACAUUCACCAUUAACUUCCAUCCACAGAUUAAGUUUCACCUCAUUCAGAGUGGUAUCUCUCAGCAGUAAAAAAAACUGUUUCUUUUGGUCUUGUAACACCUCAGUGAAAGUUCCCACCUAUGAAGUGCAUCAGCUGAGCCCAAGAGUGACACCUGCUGGCUGAGUUGUGCUUACGCUUUUUGAACUCCUGGUAUGACUAACUUUUUGUUAGCCAGUCAGAGUUCAGCCGGUCCUGGAGGUAAAGGAAGAUGUCGCACCAUUCAUACACAAAGCAAUUCAAAGUGCUUUACAGAUGCAAGGAAAUACUUUGGAAAUUAAAAAAUAGAGAUUAAAACAAUUUAAAAUCAGUAAGACAUAAAAUGAUUCAAAAUCAACAUGACAAAUGGAAAAUUGUUCCUCUGUUCUGUAUUUGCCCUGAUCAUUUAUGAAAACCAUUGUUUCUCAGAAAAACAAAAUAAGUCGCAAGCUUUCAGACCCGGAGCUGCCCAGAUGGUAAUUUGUUUUCCUUGUCUAUCCGGACAGUGUUAGUUUUUUCUUCGUAGCUCUCCUGCCUAAGUAACCUUAUUUCUGUCUGGAGUAAGGGGUUUUGUGGUUACCCUCUCUCCUCCUGCAGGUCUUCAUGUAAAAGAGACCGAGGAUAAUGAAGCAGUGAUUUCCACGGUGAUAGAUCUUCACAGACUGAUACAAACCAAACACCUCCCAGCUGUGCAGGGCUGGGUCCAGGUAGGUACAAACAGCACUCAUUCAGUGAAACAGUUAAAACCUUGUACUAGUUUAGCUAUAAGAGGCAGCAACAUAAACACUCAUGUUACCAGACAAACCAGCUCUUUAGUUUGUUGGGUCCCACAAACUAAAAAGGCAAAGGUCCCAAAGACAAGUGACACUUUGUCAAAACAAAACAUGUCCUUCCUCUUGUUAUCUCUCUCCACUGGCUUACAGUAGCAGCCUGCAUCAAACAUGAAGCCCUACUUAUUGCCUACAGUACAGCAACCUAAUCAGCUCCUGCCUACCUGCAGUCUCUUGUGAAGGUUACACUCCCUCUCUCUUAUUACAGUCCGCGCUUGGUGUCCCCAUCACAACACGCCGGACUCUUUGUCUCUCUGUGCGCGAAUAAAUGACCAAACUCUGAAACAAACGGCCUCUUCUACUUUGAGACACUUUGCCGAGCUCUUUGUGAACAAUUCUGUGUUUGGUGCACCUGAUGAUGAUGAUGAUGAUGAUAAUGCUGAUAGUGACUUCAUUUGGUGGGUUAUUUACUUUGGACGAUGAUACGUUAAGGAAAAAAUAAAGAUUUUCUACUGCAUAACAGUACUUUACCAGUUGCACUUGAAGGGAUAUUCCGACAUAACAUUAAUUUAGGGUCACACGCACUGUAACAUUGUGUAAAACACCCCCUUGAGAGAUGAAUGUUGCCGACCGCUUGCUUUUCUAGUUAUACCAACUUUAGUAACGACCACAUGAUAGCAAUACACAGCAGUCUACCUCUCCACGCGCAAACCUCAACCAGAAAGCCACUCUAUAGCCACAAACAAUGCUCAGAACAGCACCUAACUUCAUUAACAGUACAUAUAGGGUCCCAGCCAUAGGACUAGCCAUCAAACAUCUUUUUAGCUUUGCCUGAUUUCUUUAGCAAAGAGACUAAACACAACUCACCCACUCUCCUCCAGCAGCCGCUUGUUUAGGGAGAGCUCAGACGAGUCGAUCAGUGAGUGCAGCGGAUCAUUUCCAUGAAGUAAUAAUCUUUAUAUAAAUCAUUUUGCACUGCAGACGCGGUAGUUCUUCUGCCUUAGCACCUCAAUCUGAUUGCAUUUCCAUGAAGUAAUGAUCAUAAAUGUUCUUCCUUGAGCUGCGAAACUCUGCGAUCGACUCGUCUGAACUCUAUCCACAAACAAGCGGCUGCUGGAGGAGAGUGGGUGAGUUGUGUUUAGUCUCUAAAACCAGGCAAAGUUAAGGAGGUGUUUGGUGGCUUGGACUGUGGCUGGGACCCUAUACCCUUCAUCCUCUUGAUGAAGUUAGGUGCUGUUCUGAGCAUUCAUUGUGGCUAUAGAGUGGCUUUUUGGUUGAGGUCUGUGCAAGGAGACACAGACUGCUGUGUCUUGCAGUCUUUUAUAAAUUUGGUAUAACUAGAGAAGUAAGUAGUCAGCAACAUUCAUCUCUGGAGGGGGUGUCUAAAUUGGUGUUAAGGUGUGUUUAACCCUAACUUAAAUUUACGCCAUAAUAUCCCUUUAAAGCAGUUUUUGGCACAUACUGGUGUUUUUUCCUUCUAUUUAGAUCUUGCUUGUGUUGAAUAUGUUUUCAAAUUUAUGUUGCCUUGGCCAGAAGCGUCUGCUAAAUGACACUGUAACCUCACAGGACCUAGUUUACCAAGCAUCAGAACUCCAUCACAAACAAAACAAAGAGAGCAGUAGAAACUCAAAACAGAAACCUUCACGAUUAUAUCAGAAACAUGUAAAAUUUGGAUGUAAAGGUACCAUGGGAGACGUUAAAUAAAGGAUACUAAGGAUGCAAAAUCAAAGUAUUCUCUGUGAAUGAUGUAAAGGAAUGUUGAUGCAACAAAAUGAGAUUGUUCCUGUGUCAAAACUCAAAAACAAUACCAAAUACAUUUUUUGCCUUAAGUCAUCUAUUUUCCACAGAACGGGACUAGAUAACACCAACUGUGUUGUGUGUUAACAGAACAGAGGCAUGAUUUGUACAGCAAGUAGCAAAACUAGACCGAACAGCAGCUGCUUAUUUCUCACUGAUUGUUGAGGAAAUGAAAUCGGCCUCUCUUGCCUGCCUGUUUGACUCUCUGAUGGUCUGUUUUCUGUGUGUGUUUGUGUGUGUUUUCUUUUAUGCGAGUGCAGGUGUUUACUAAAGCGGGCGCGGACGAGCAAUUGUUGCGGAAAGCUCUGGAUCUGAAGAGCUCAUUAGAGGCGGCCUUGCAGAAACACAAAGAACUUCACAUCGACUACAAGACCAGAGUCCGCAGAGUGGUAAGCUGAAAACAGUCUAACACUGAGACUCAUAGAUGUGCUGAUUCAAAGUGCAUCAAGUAACCUGCACGAGUAAUUACCUCAGUAUCACCUGGUGGAUGUGUAACCACGUUAGCGCACUAUUGUCAAACUCAUUCCUCGGCUCAGACCCUGACACUGUAAAUCUUGAGCACCUGCAGCAGUCAGUUAUUGAGGUUGAUUACUUAUGGUCAGUAGAUUUUGACUCAUUUGUCACAGUUUACUAAACAACACACAACACUGAGGACUGCAGGAACAGAGAGCGGUCAGCAGGUGGCAGCAUUGUCCUACCAAUCAGAAGUCAAAAACAGGCGCUUGGUCCUAAAAGCUCUCUUACUCUUUUUAUAGUGCCACACCGAGCCUAAUGCAAACAAACAUAACAAUAAUAAUGAAAAUGAUAAUAAUAAUUAAAAAAAACUUCAAGUACUUAACAAUAUAAAACUAGAAAGUCAAAGAAGUUACAUUAAAACCACCAAGAGGACAUUAAAACAACUGCCAAAACAGUCAACUGAAAUAACUUUAGGUUUAAUAAAAUAAGAUUAAACUCAGACUUUUUGAAAGGAUGACAUGACAAGUUUAAUGAAAACACAGCUAAAAGUCAUUCAACUCAGACCCAUCAAGUGUAAAAAUUAGUCUUUAAAAAACAGGUUUGAAAGAGGAUGAGGACCUUACUAGUCUGGUCUCCUGGGGUGGAUUGUUCCAGAGAGUUGACGCACUUUAUAGUCUGUGAUAAAACGUUGUUUUACUCCUGUUAAAGCAAGUUUUUCAAACAUUUCUGAAGGAUAUUUCCUCUUCUCUUCACACAUUUCUGCUUUUUUCAUUAGGGAAAGAACAGCAUUUCAUGUGCAUGUAAAACUUGUACAGUCAACCAUUUACAAGUGAGUGUGUUUGUAAGGGUGUGUACAUUUCUAUAGACUGUUUCAACAGACUUAUCACAUGUUUCUGGACAGGAACAUCUUUAUGAAUGAAUCUCUGUAUUGUAACCUUAUAGCCACAUAUAAACUUUUGGCAAACUCUUCACAUAUUUUAGCAUCUUUCAAACAGCAGCCUACCUAUCCUGGCCGGGCACUCUUAAAAAAGAGAUUUAUAAUCUCAUUUUUUUUUUCUCCUAGUUAUAGAUUAGAAACUGCUACAGCCUCUCACAAACAGUACUUGUCAAAGCUUUCAGAUUAAUCCCACUCAGUAUCUCUUCAAAUGAAAGAACAAAAAACUCACAUGUUUUGUAAUAUCCAAUCACAUCACUCUAACUAACACAAAUGUUUGCAAAUGAUUAGAAAUAAGUACUCCAUCUAAAAUAAGUCAGUCAACAAAUCAAAAAUCAAAUCCAAAAAGUUUGUGCCUCCAUAUUUAUUCCUAAUAAUGAGUAGAAUAAAGGUUUGGUGAUAGUUUCUGUUGCACCAUCUAGUGACCUGUAGAGGAACUGCAGCUCCUUCAGUUUGAUUUCAAACCAGGUAGAGAGUCUUUCAAAAGUUUCAAACUGUGAGACUAUAAGACAUCUCUCAUUGAAGCUCACGAAAAACAAAUAACAGUAACUUAUUCCAUCAGUGUGAAGUGUCUGAGGUGUAUUCAACCGUUAGAUCAUACUUGACUUUCUUCAAUGUGAGUCAUAUAGGUUCAAAAAACUAGCAGGUUAAUUUGGUAAAUAUGCCUCUUUUAAGCUGUCCAAUUGUCUUUACACUGAUUUCCUCUUAUUCCUUACUUUAAAUGUUUGUAUUUCAUUGCAGGUUAUUUGAUCCAUAGUGUGAUGGACCUCUAACAUUUAUCUCGAGAUGUUUUGUUGUCCUGUUUUUCUUUGAAAGCUUUCUGAAGUGUCCUCCUCCUUUUCUUUCUUUUAAAAGCUUGUCUUUCUGGUCACUCAUUUCUUUGUUUUCCCAGAUGGAAGUAUCACAACAGAGCGAAACAGAGAGGAUAGAAACAUUAACAGUAGAGACAUUUGGGAGAGGUGAGAUAGCAGAGCGCAGCUGUAAUGCAUAAUGCAUCAGACAGAGAGAAGAAACUGAGGAGUAAGGGGGGAGGAUGUAUCCAUUCAUCCCCUUCAGGAACACUAAUGUGCCCCAUGGCUUUGACAGCUGACAUGUCAAUCUGCCAAUCUGUCUGCCAGCCAAGCGUUGUGAUCCUGCGUUUUGUUUGAGCUGAUUAAAAAUGCAGGAAAAAGUAGCCACAUCAUUGUUGUGAUGAAGGGAUUCAGUUGAAACUAAUCGGUCAUUUGAGAGGGUUUAAUUGGUGCUGGAUUGUUUUGUAGACGAGGUACUUCUACAGAUAUUCACAGCUUAAAGAUCAAGAAAAGAAAAAGCAGCAGCAGGUUUUUAAAGAACCAGUGAAUGCAAAGUGCUGUAUGAAAAAAAAAAAGCAUAAAAGUUGUAGCGUGUGAAUCCAUCUUUAGGCGAACAGAGCAGCAGAGUGACAGUGACAGAGCGCCGGGCGUCUCGCUCUGCCUGGUUAUCACUGUCAGGGACCAGUCUGCUGCACCAGCAGGCCCAGCGCCGCGAUAACCACACAACUUACAGCCCCUUUAUCAUAAUUAGCUUUUCCUUUUUAGCCUUAAAAGGCCUUCCAUUACUGGGUCCCUCUCUAUCGGGCCGCUGACACGCCACACGAUUGGUUUCUCUCUCAGCGGGCCUCUCAGUAUAAGAGAGAGGGGGAGUGUUAUAGAGGCAGAUAGAGAGGAGUGUUUACUGAAUGAGAGAGGCAUUCAGAGGGAGGGAUGGCUGAAGAAGCAUCGAGGAAUGCAAAGGGUGUUUUUUUGUUAAUGACUGAGUCCCAUUCAGCAUUGAACUAUUUGAAUGUUUGACAUUGAUUCAAUCUUUCAAUAAAAACCUAAACUGUCUGAAUCAGGCCGCAGAUGGUCUCAGCUGUUUAUGAGGGAAGCUGUGGCCUUACAGUUUGAGGAAAACUCCAGAGUAGAGCUACUUCACAUCAAAUAUUUUCAUUUAGUUUCUCCAAGCAGAAUCUAAAUCCAGUGUUAGAAGGGGAGAAGUUCCUUUAAGACUAAUUUUCCAGUCAGUUUAAACUCAGACUAGUCAACUCAAAUACAGUAAACACAUAAAAAAAUAUCCAGAAAAGUGUGAAAUUUGAGCACUAUAUGAAACAUACACAGAUAUGAAAUGGCUAACACUGUCCAGCACUGUACUGACUGCACCCUUUUAAAGAGUUUUUUGAUAGACUUCAUCAGAGACUUUACAAAACACAUGGAUGACUUUCUAUAUACCGCAGAAAUUUUUAUAAUGUGUGAUGAACAUGGCUUAUCAUCCUAUCACAAUCACGAUUCAGCACAAUGUCCACAAUGUUCAGUAUUUUGCAGCUGUGUAGCUUUCUCUAGUAUCACCUGAUAGGGAGGCUUGGUGUUGGGGUAUUACUGCCUGAUAUGCCGAUAUUUUUAAACUCAUUAUGGCAAAUAGCAAUGCUAAAAGACACCAAGUCACUCCUGUACUGAAAUGUACCCAUGGCUGUUAUUUAGACAAUCAAUUUGUUUCAGAAACAAAAAAAAAAAAAAACAAGACAAACAACAUUUACAAAAUGUACCAUAAAUAAUUAAUGUAUGCUUUAUCAAAUAAGGACAUUCAGCAGUCGAUGUGUAAGCUGUCGUAGCUGCUGUGUUGCCUCAUCAGAAGAAGUUUUCAUCAAAUUUACUGAUAAUUUAACAAAAAGAGAAUGCAUCCCUGCCAUCUUAGAUUGUAACAGCUGAGCUCUGCUAUAAUUAUUUAUCUAUUAUUUGUUUUUCACUAAUAAAAAAAUUCUCUGAAAAUCAACAGCAGCUCAGAAAGCUUAAUUAAAGUCUCCACUUGAAUAUUGUUGAAGUUUCACAAAUCAAAAAUAACAAACGGACAUACAAAAGUUUGACAAUCAUUAUGACAAGUAAUAAAUAAAACACAAAGAUAUGUUAAACUAAUAUCUCACCAUAGUAAUCCAGCCACAACAAGAAGAAAACAAGAAAACUGGCAUCCUAACCCUGUCUUUUGUCUUCUGUCUUGCUGCUCUCUGUGGUGUAGAAACCAAAAGUACUUCCAUGAGGAGCUUCUCAGAUGAGUUGGUGUCUUGAAUGUCAGCUCAGAACAGCUUUGAUUGCUGCACACAUCCCACAUUUCUGUAGAAAAUCAUCAAUCAUAUUAAUCCACUGAGAUCAACGGUGCCUUCUAAUGGUCAAGUGCACAAACAGAUAGUAUAAUUUGAAUUUAAGUAGCUGAUUGAAGUUCAGAUAUUAACUUUCCUCACAAGCUUGAACAAAUGCUUGAAUCUCUGAUAAAAAAGCGACAGCCCUGGUCUAUGUACCUAAAUCUGAGUCAGCUCGGGGUAUCAGAGCUGUAGCUCUGAUUGUUUGUGUGGUUAGUUUGUAGCGCUCCAUGACCUUUGACUUAGAGACAUGAUUUCAGAUUUUAUGCAAGUCUUUCAUGUGAUCGCCUCUUUCACUGCAGAUAACACUACAUCAUCCUUGCCCCCUGUAGUGUUUGUAUUCUUGAACAUGUCUAAGGAGUGUUCAGUAAAACCUGAAGACUCUAACAUGCAUCCAUUGAGCGCUAACUGAAAACAUGGGCUUGUGUUUAAGGAAGGAUAAGACAUGCAGACUUAUUUGAACAUAUCUGUUUUUAAGAGUGUAUUCAGUCACUACGGGCUCCAUUCAUACAGACCCAGGCCUUGUUUACUGCUGAUAACCCAUCUUAUCACAGCACAAUGGAUGUGGCCGCCUGUUUCUCACUGCAGAUAAACAAAGAAAGACUAUCCCUCUAUUUCUCUCCUCCUGCACUCCUUCCUUUUCAUUUGUACAUUCAUUCUCUGAAUGUGUCUUCCACUCUCACUUUGUACAGCAGAAAUAUGUUUUUCUGUUGCUGUGUUUGCCUUUAUGUCUUUGUAUCCCUCUCAAGAAGUUCUUUAUACUGAGUGUCUGCUUUGUGUUUAUUGCACAGCUGAGAAUUACUGGAUCAGUUUGUCUUUAGUUUAUGGAGCCGGAGAGGAAGUUUGGAAAUAUUUAGGGAUUAAAACUUUAUAGAAGUGACACUUAGAAAAACAAAAAGAGCAAAAAGUUUCCAUAAAGUAUCGUGAUUUCUAGAGUGAGGUUUAUUUGCUGUACCUUAAAUGGACAAAGACAAAGUGUGUUUGGCUUUAGUUACCCGUAGGAUCCCCAAACCUGUAGAAGUACAGUUAGUCUGGAGUGUUGACCUGAGGUCUGGAGAAAUGAGCAGUAUUUUUUUAGAUCAAAUAUUCAGCAGAUACUAUUUCUGAGGUUGAGAAGCAAAGAAAGGUGUGAGGAGAUAACAUUAUUGGAUAGAAAAAAAUUCAGACUGAAACAUUUAGUAAAUCACCGUGGAUCCAUCUGGUCCCAUCAGGACUCUGUGAUAAUGUGAAAGGAGAUGGUUUCCAAAUUGGAACUGAUGGGUCCUCUGGGGCUAACAUGGAGUGGGUGGGGGGCUGAUUUGUUUGUUAUCCUCCAGAUCUUUGGACCAGUCCUAUCUCUCAGGGCAAAACUGGUCAUCACAAACCCCCAGCCCUGGUCUGUUCAGGGCCCCUGCUCCUCCUCAGGACGUUCCUCACAGAUAUCCUCGCCCAGCGUUCCUGGCUAAAAUGAAGAGUGGGAGUUUGUAAUUUGAGUGUGUCAGGAGGCGCGACUGCAUCAUAAUGACUGUUUUGAUCACAGAUUGAGACAGGCUGGGAGGGGGAACUGAAGUGGACAGUUGAGAAUAAGCUGUCUGACAGGAGAAGGUUUGGGAAGCUCUGGGCUGGCUAAUAGACCUGCCAGGCAAGGUUAGUGAAAUAAAGAUGUCACCCUACACAUCAUAUAAGCUGACUGCUCCCCCGAGACAAAGGCUGCGUCUGUGCGUGCCUGUUUGGGGGUGCAGAGGGUGGAGGAAGAUAAUAGGGGGAGAAGCUGUAGAGAGAGAGUGAGAGGGGAGUGGAGAGGUUUUUUUCUCAUUAAUGUGGGAUCCCAUGGGAUCCUCUCAAGGUGGUAAUGAAUAGGAGAGCAAGGCGGUAAUAGAGAUGUGGGAUGUUGCAGCAAAUCAGGCCCUGAACAGGUCAGACUCCACUGAAGCUUGAGGCCUAAUUAGUUUGUAAAAUGUUGGAAUCACUCAGUGGUAGAGGUCUUCUUAUCCGCUGAGUUGAAAUAUAAACACCUGAAAAGAUGAAGAAGUGACUUUAUCUGACAUUUAAUAUGAAAAAAGGUCAUUUUUGUAUUCUUAAAACUUGGCCUUUUUUACAUGGCUGUAAUGGCAAAUAGGCUCAAAAACUUUGGAUUGCUCUGAUAACCUGCUUCAGGCAUGAACAGGCUGUGUUUGCUCGGGUAUAAUUCAAGAGUAAAAAUGAAGGUUUGUGCUCUAAAGACUCUUGUGUUUUUUCCUUUUAACAGGCUUAAAUUGUUUUUCGUUGAUGACAUUCAUGAAAUAAACAGAAAUUUAUAUUGACGCUUUUUAUGACAUACAAAGGCGAGCAAGACUAUCAGGGAUCGAGAUUGAUUUAUUUGAUCGUGUCAUUUUUGAUGCCUCAAACUGGGGUGACGUAUUCGGCUGAGCAGCUAAAGAGCACUUUCCAAUCAAAUGGUCUGUGUCUACUUCAGCACCAUGUGGUUAAGCUACCACAGAGUUUUCUGGCUUUCUUCUUCUGCUGCUGUAAUAGAAACAACACCAUCGCUGAGUUCUUGAAAGACGUGUUCCACUUAAAAAAAACCUUCCAAGAUCAGUUAGCAAGUCAAAAGUAAUGUGCACUUCAUCUAAAAAAGUUCCUCGGGCAAAGCAUUCAGGUGCACCCAAUCAGACUGGUGUCAGCAAUGAAGUGCAUCACAAAAGCUGUCAGAGAGCUAUUGUGGAGUGUGAAUUACCUCAGACCUGUGGAUGAAACUGAAUGAAAGAAGUUGGCGACUGUGCUCGCUGAACUGUUUGUAGUUGAUUGCUGUUAAGAAAACUUUUAAUACGUAGAUUUUUGGGUAUCUUUGGCAGGGGUAAUAUCGAACAGUUAAUCUUCAAAUGAUCUUUCCAGAAGGUCAAUUCUAUAAUUGUGCUGUGUAAUCUGAGAUUUUUGAAAUGCUGCUUACACAAAGGUUGGUAGAAGCUUAAUUGUGAAAACAACAUUGGGUUAAGACAAUAAAAAAAAACUCUUAUGCAUUAUUUUUCUACAAAUAUGAAAUUGGGAACUAUGUCACCAAAGAGAAGGAUUUAAGUCCAAUAACCACCCAUGGUACUUGAAUGUUUAUUAGCACGGACACAGAGAGAUGUCGUCAGCCAGCUCCAAACACGACCUUUAACCUUUGUUUUAAAAGUAUGAAUUUGUCAGGGUAAGUAGUUUAUUCCACAAUAGGCGUGCAGCUGAAUAGUUCAGUCUGUAGUCAAACCCUAACUUCUCAUAUUUGUGUGUGUGCGUGUGUGUAUAAUAUAUGUGUAAUAUUCUCAGGGAGAUGACUGUGUCUUUAUAAAUGUGUUGGUGUGUAAUGUGUUCAUUAAGCUAACUGUUUGCUCUCUCUUAAAGGAAAUGUCUGUGAUAAUGGCGACAUUAGAGACAAUCAGUUCUCCCACAAGACAUUUCCCAUUUCAGCCUUAAAUGUUUAACCAAAUAAUCUAGACUCUGUGUGUGUGUGUGUGUGUGUGUGUGUGUGUGUGUGUGUGUGUGUGUGUGUGUGUAGCCAGGUGGAGAGCUAUAUUAACUUGUCAGGGGAGACAAUAGAGACAUCUCUUUGAGCUCUUUCACCUCCUCGUGUUCUCCUCCUCUCCUCCUUUCUUGCUCUGUUUUCUCCUCCUCCUCCUCCUCUUCUUCUUGUGUGUGAGUAUGAACCUGCCCCCCUCCCCUCUCUGCCAUACACCUGACUUAUGGCUGUGCAGUAAUAAUUUGCCAGACCUUGGCAGGCUGAGUGUACAUUAGCAUAUAAAUAGCAGAUGCACUCAGUGCCCAUCACAGUCGACUACAUUUAAUUUUUGGUUUAUAAGAUUGAAUGGGUUUUUAAACGCAGCGCCAUCAAACUUGCCAAGAGACAAAUGAAGUCAGGGGAGCAGUUGUCCGAGGCGGCGCCCUCACAUCAUUUUAUAAAGGAUAAGAGUCUUAUUUAAGAGGGAGGAGGGGGGAGAAAAGAUGGGGAGACGCUAUAGAAGCUGAAUAAGCAAGACACCUGUAGAAGGAGCAGCCCAUUUGAGUCUCUAAUUUUACUCUGAUUUAAUCUUUAUUCAUAGAUUCCACUGAUUUUAGCAUGGGGAGAGUUUUGGUUUCCAUUUGUAGAACAUUUGAAGUCCAAUUUGUAUUGACCAAUCAGGUAUCAGCAGGCUUCAGCAUACAAACAAUCAGAAUGAAGAGCAAAGGCAGGUGGGACACAGUCCACCACAAUGUUAACCCAUAAAUCAGUUUCUCCUCCUGAACAGAUAUUAGUGCAAGUGCAGCAAACAAUCUGUUUGAUGCCGUACAUUUACACAUGACAAACAAAUGUGUGACUUGCAACAUGAGUCAUAAAGAUUGAGUUGAAGUGAUGAUGUCUAGAAGCGGAUCAGAACCAGUUUAAGCCAGUCUGAGCCAUCAACAUCAUUUACCCUUAAGCUCAAUAUUCCUUUAUUUAUGCAAUUAGUUCUUUGUUUAACAUUAAACGUGAACAUAAAACAUAAGAAAGAGGCAAUCUGUGCAAAUAACAACAAGUAAGUAAUCAGGGUGAAUGGAAAACAGUAGCGGACCAAUGUUACAAUGUCAUUUAGCAGAUGCUUUAUCCAAAACAACGUACAUUCAAGAGCAAAAACAACACAAGCUAGGAUCUAGACAAAAAGAAACAAGAUCAGUAAGAGUAACAAUGUGCUUCAAGUCCCAUAGGUGUUAAAGGUAAUGUACAAAGUGUAUAAAGUGAUGAACUGAAAAAAAUCAAGUAACUGAUCAUCAAUGUAAGACCUCACACCAUUACCAUCAAUUAAACCUUCUUCACAACAACAAUGACCGAAGUAGACCAAGUGCUAGGUCCUUCACAAAGAGCUAGGCUCAGAAGUAGAGAAGGCCAGAGAGAGCCAACUGCAGCUGGAAGACUCUUUCUACCUCUGAGGACAACAGUGGAAUAGUCUAGCUAAGUGCUGGUCUGUAAAGAGCGGGUAUUUAGCUGUCUUUGAAAGUAGAGAGGGACUCUAUAGUUCAUUUAGGGACAACAGAAGAGAAUAGUCGGGCUUGUAAUUUAGGGGCUUAAUGUGCUGGAAGUAACAGAUACCUUUACUGGUAGCAUGCAAGACCUGGAUGAGGGGCUCCAGGUAGACAUGAGUUUAUUAGAUCCAAACUGGAUAUUGAUCUGUGGGUCCACAGUGGCACUGGCUGGAAUGCUAACUUCAGUCUCUGACAGGUUGAGCUGAAGGUGACGUUCUCUCAUCCAUGUAAAAAUAUCAGCGAGGCAGGAUGAGAUCCAAGCUGAGACAGUUGUGUGGAAAAGACAGGAAGAGCUGAGUAUAGUCUGCAUACCAGUGAUAGGAGAAGCCAUGGGAGGGGAUGAUUUCACCAAGUGAUGUGGUGUAUAUUGAAAAAAAGAGGGAACCAAGCACCGAGCCCUGAGGCAACACUGCUGACAAGCCAUGCAUAUUGGACUCUUCCCCUCCAUGAUACUCUAAAAGAUCUCCCUGUAAGGCAGGACUUGAGCCUUUUGAGGGCAGACCCUGAGAUACCGAGUGAGGAGAGUGUGGAGAGGAGGAUUUGCUGGCAUGCUGCAGACAGAUCCAGCAGCAAGAGGACUGAGGACUGACCAGCCGCUACAGCCAAACACAACGAUUCUAUUACCGACAAAAGUGCAGCUUCGGUAGAGAUGGUCACAAAUGGUCAGGGCUGGCACUCGAAACCACGACUGCUGCAAGGACUAUACCCUCCAUAUGUGGGUCGCGCUGACCAGCUAUGCUAACUGUGCGCCGCUGAGCGUGGGUUUUUUGAGCCAUGGUCUGAUCCUUGCUUGCUUGAAUGCAGGAGGAAAACAGUAGACAGAGAGGAGUUGAUGAUGUUUGUUACAGCACGGCCGAUUGUGGGCUCAAUCGCCUGCAGGAGAUGUGAGGGUAUCGGAUCAAGUGGACAGGUUGUGGGCUGAGAUCAAGCAGACGCCUGGUGACUUUGCUCUCACUCAGUGGAGAGAAUGAGCUAUGUACUCACUAGCUGGUGGUGGAAAGCUGAGGCUCAGAGAAUUGACUACUGAUGGUAGCAACCUUGUCAGUGAAGAACCAGGCAAACAUAGUGGAGGGUUGGGGGUUAGAAGGGUUAGAAGAGUUAAAAGCAGGAGAGGAUUGGUAAAUGCAAAAUAAUGAGAGGCAGGCAUAGGGGGACUGAGCGGUGGAUCAGAAUCACACUGCUGGCAGGGAAUCACUGAUUGAGGCACUACGGAUGUCAUCAGCAGAAAUCCACCAGUAUGAAAUGAUGCAGCAUGGCGACCCUCGCUGGACAAAAGAACAAGGACACUGCAAACCAUCAAAAACCUUGAGGACCAUAACAACUGUUGGUUUGCAAAGUAGCAGUGCUAGCACCACCAACUACUCUGACAGCUUGUGCAUGUCACAAAUUGCUCUUUAACGAGAGACAAUCUUCAUACAACAUUCUCUUCAUGUUCUACUUGGAAAUACUGUCAAACUACUCUGUGCUAUGGGAUGCCAUCCAUCAGCUGUGUGUGUUUACAUUCAGGUAGUAGAGCACUAUAGUAUGAAGGCAGAAGCGAGCUUUGACACAUGCAUGACCAGCAAUGCAGGCUUAUUGUGAACUAAACUAAAUGCACACACCCCUAUUACAUUGUUUGGACUCUGAUUGUUGAUAAAUUAAUCUGUUAGUUCUGUGUUGGUAAUAUUGUUGCACAACCUGUCAUUCUUUGCUGUCAUGUGUGGGCUCCCUCACAUUUUCAGCGUCUGUGAAUAUUUUAUAAAACUUUCCCUGUGAGCCAGGGUUUAUAUAAACAUAUUCAAAGUCUAAAAUACAUUUGUCCCUGGACUUCUUUGUCCAGAGUCCCUCUAAUGUUCGGUUGAAGGUGUUUUUAUUUUCAGCACCCACUGAAGCUGCAGCAUUGUUGUCCCUGUAAUGUAUGGCCCUUUUCCCUCAACAGAUCUCUUUUAUUUGGUCGUUAAAGAACUACUUAUUUUUCCUUUUAGGAGCCUGCUUUAUUUUAUCUUUGAGUAAACAUUGCCAUUACAGUAACACAUAGCCCUACUUUACCUAUUUUUUAUUAAUUCUGCUCUUUUUAGGAACUAUUUUUACUCCUAUCGUUUAUAUCUAUGUGUUUUUAAAGUUAAAGUUCCCAAUAUUUGUUUUGUCUUUUUCCUAUUACAGUGACACAUGGCCCUGCUUUCCUUUAAGCAUCACUUCUAAUUUGUCUGCUAAAUCUCCAGUUAGAAGCAGUUUUUAUCUCCAGCAGUGUGUGAUUUUCUCCUGGUGUGUGUCCCACAGAAUAAACCAAAGCUCUGUUAAAAUGCAAAGCAGCCCCCCGUGCAGCCAUGUGGGGGAAUAGAGGCCAUAUUUUAGCCGCGCUCCCCGUCAGCAAAAUGUUUCUGGAGGAAAGCUAAUUCUGCUGCGAGACUUACAGCUCUGCCAGGCCGGCCGACAGCGCUCGAUGCUAUCAGGAUUAAAUUAAGGUGAAUUAGAGACAAAGAGGCAGAAAGAGGGGGAAAAGGGAUGAUGUUAGGGCAGGAUUUUCCUCCGGCUGGGUGAUCACUUCUUAGUCCGAGGCCAUUGAUCAGCGCAGAAUAAACCAGCUGGGAUUAAAGUAGACAAGCAGAAAACCUAUAGAGACUAUAUCUGUGUGUGAGUGUGUAUGUGUGUGUGUGAAUCCAUUGUACUGUGGGGAUGAAUGAGAGCAGCAGUAGAGUGGAGUAAUGGAGAAAGUUUGCUUUAGUGUUUAAAAUCUCCCUCUUUGGUUUAAACAGCAUUUCCUCAGCAUUUCUUCAAGGAAUAAAUAAGAUCAAUCCUCACUCUGUGCAAAGUCUUAACUCUGAUUUAAAAGGAUCAUUUUUGGUUAUAACACCCUAAUUUUUAUCUUGGUACCUUUCGUACAGAAUAGAGUCACUUUUUAAAAAAGUAAAAGUAGUGUUUCAUUUGUAAAUUUGCUUUUUAAAAACUAUUUUCAAUCUUGAUGUUUUCACCUCAUCAGGGUAAGUGAUAAAACUGCCAGAAGAGACAACACAUCAAAAUCAGUUUUACGAGAAAACAGGUUACAAAAACUCAAAUAUUUUAAAUGUUCCUGAGGUAAAUUCCUGUAAUGAUGUUUCAAAAAGGUCCUCGUUAAAUUCUCCAACCAGUUACACACUGACAACAAACAAGCAUGCUCACAAUCUACCGUCAGAUUACAACCAGAGUGUGUCCAUAUGUGUCUUUUAAAUCAGAAAACAAAACACAUUCAAAUUCCAGUGAGAUCACAGUUUUAUUCUGGUCAUAAUGUUUAUUAUUAUUCCAGCCUGGCUACUUUUUCAAUUCUCAUCUGAAUAAAGUGGUGAUGUAACCCACCUAUAGUUAUUAUCAACGCCACUUUUGCCACAAGGAACUUUUAGAUUUCUGUCCAUCGGUUUGAAUUAGUAAGAAAGACAAAAAUACCAGAAGUUACUGGGGUUCAAAUGAAAAAAAAAAAACAAAGAGUCAUCUGUACAUUCAUUAUUUAACACUCAUUAAAAUCUUAGCAUUUAUCUUCACCAGGAGCAUGUUGUAGAUGGAUUUUUUAAGAACCGAUAAAACAGGCAAACAUGUUAUGGGUUAAAAACAUGACUAAUAUUUCUGUCCCAAGCCAAAUUAAACCGCAUUAUUCUACAAAUCAUGACAGAGUUUACAUUAAACACGAGCCAGUAACUGUUUAAGAUUUGAUUUUCAUUAUUGGAGAUGGUCCAGAUGAAUAGGUUUUUCACUGGUCUAUAUGUUAAUCAGGAACUGGACCAAAAAUUCAAAUGCCAUAUCUCUAAGAAACCCAAAUCAGCCCAGUAAUUGCUUCUCCACAAUGACACUGCUCAACACCACAGAGUGAGGAUAACACCAGAGUUUCUGUUCAAACUGAUCCCACUUUGAAACUGUGUUUUAUCAUCAAAUCCUGUAGUAUUUAACGAAUGAGACUCCGUCCUCAGGUUUAAGACCACCCAGCAGGUUUCAGUCUGCGUUAAUGAGAACUAAUUAGGCUUUAAUUGUUUAGUUGCUGGUUAACGGGAUAGUGAGUUGUGUAAUAUGAGGUGUUUUAAUUGGUGCCUGUGUGCCGGAUCGAGAAGUGCGUUCACGGUCAACUGACUCGGUCCGAUGUCUCAGUUCUGUGUGUGUGGGUGUGUUUGAGUCAUCAAAUCAGGACUCAUCAUUUGUAAACUAAUUCUGAUGUUAUAAUGGGCUUUAUCAGCUGCAACACAGCAGCCUCUCUCUCUCUCUCUCUCUCUCUCUCUCUCUCUCUCUCUCUCUCACACACACACACACACAGACACACACACAGGUAUUAUACAUUAAUGAAAAAGAGGCCCUGGGGAAUAAGAGGUUAGCUUAACGUCAGGUUUUAUGGCUCCUCAUAACGCUAAUCACUGUGAUUAUUAUGCUGCUAGACUGAAGAGUGUGUGUCCUCAGCUGUUAAAGGCAGAGCAGCCACUGCACACGCACACACACACACUGACACACAUUUGUGUUAUGGAAAUGACCCCUGUGCGUAUAUGAGUGUUGUGUUCUGCAUUGUAGCCCAGCGAAUGGCUAACAACCCCACCAGGAAAUUAAAAACCAUAAAUUCUGCUUAGUGCUGAUAGCAGCUCAUCACAUGUAGACACACACACACAAGCACAUGCAUGCACGCACACACACACACACACACACACACACACACACACACACACACACACACACACACACACACACACACACACACGCUUUUGUCUCUGUUCUUUUCUCAUCCCCGAAGAGAUCACGCAGCCCUGAGUAUAAAGGAAUGAAGGAGAAACAUUUUGACAUCACUGUUCUCUGAUUUUCUGCUUGUAAUGAAUUUACUUUUUUUUCACUGUUUUCUUAAAUGUGUCUUUAGGCACGUAAGACUCCAAUUUAAAAAAAGAAGGGUUAACCAAGAUAAAAAAAAAAAAGGAUGGUUAAAAUUUGAGUGUUAAAUAAAGAGCAAAAACAACAUACCAGAUGUGGAAAGUCAAAUUGUUGUCAUUUGAAAUACCUCAAAAAACAUCAGCUUUUUUACUUGAUGGUUUAAAAGAGGUUUAAAAUAUGUUGAUAUAGUUUACCAUUGUGUUGCCCAUCGUGUCCCUUUUUUACCAACACUGUGAACCAGGAGACCAGUUUUAUGGAGUCUGGAGAGUGAAAUGCUGUCCCAUUUGUGACUUAUUUCAGCUGCUCAAUAGUUCAGGGUCUCCUUUGUCCUAUUUUUGGUGUCAUGAUGCUGCUAAUAUUUUCACUGAGUGACAGGUCAGGACUGCAGACAGGCCAGGUUAUCAGCAGGACUCUUCUACUACAGAGCCAUGCUCUUGUAAUCCCUGAAGAAUGUGGAUUGUCAUUGACUUGCUGAAAUAUGAAGGUCUUCCCUGAAAAAGUCUUAAUUUUGAUGUCAGCAGAUGUUGCUCCUAAACCUGUAGAUACUGUUCAGCAUUAAUGAAGCCUUCAAAGAUCUGGAAGAUACCCAUGACAUAAACUUUGAUGAUCCCCGAACCAUCAGAGAUGAAGAUUUAAACUAGGAGCUGAGAACAAGCUGGGUGGUCUCUCUGUUCUCUAUAGCUAAGGGUGUGGCAUCCAUGAUUUCCCAGAACUACAGGAAUGGUCUGUAGUUUGUAAGGAUUUGGAGCCCAUGCAGUGAUUUCCAUGACAAAGUCUCGUCUGUUUUUAAUGCAGGGCUUCCUAAAGUCCCAAAGAUAACAGCCAUUAAACACUGGUUUUGGGCCUUGCCCCUUCAGAUUUUUUUGGUCAUCUUUAUGAUCUUAUGUUAGGCUUAAAAAACUAAAACACCCACCAGCCUCUGGGUUCACACUUCUGCACAAACAAACAAAAAUGUUAAGGCAGAAGAAAGAACAUUCUUGUCCAUGCAUUGCACAUUUCUGCUGGAUUCAUGUUUUCUAAUUUGAUAUGAACAGAGGCUCAUUUUUUACCCUUUUUUUCACUCCCAGAUGAAGGCCUCUGCAGAUGGAGAGGAUGAGGAAGACGAUGAUGAUGAUUUUGAUGAGGUCCCAGAGAAAGAGGGAUACGAGCCGCACAUUCCAGAGCAUCUACGAGCUGAAUACGGUGAGUCCAGCUUCACACAGACGCACACACCAACAUGUGUGCACCUUAAACCUGCAGACACGUGCAUAAAUAGUGAGGGUUAAGCUUCAAAAGAGGACCUGCUGCUGCCCAAAUCCUUUAAGAGUCACUCACACACUCCACAAACAAACACACCCUUCAAAGGAAACAGCUCACAGCUGCUAACCUGCAAGAAAAGGGCACUUCAUUUUCAGAGUGGAAAAAAGCCUCCAAAGAGAUUUAUUUUACUGCCUGUAGUCUUACCUAAGAAUCCACUUUUGUUGUUCUAGUUGUGAAUCUUUAAUGACAAACUAAUGAUAGGUGAAACUUACAAAGAAACAAAGCCCAGUUUUGCAGCUUUGUUCACCUGUAAGUUUACUGGAAUAGCUCUGUAAUAAUGUAGGAGUAGUGGCAUGUCCUUACAACAUCUGAGCAUUUAAAUGUAUGCUGUGCUAAAAAGUGAACUUUUUUCUUCUUUAACCACUGUUCAUACUCUUAGGCUCUUCUACUACAUUGAGCAGGAAUGAUCAAGUAUCAUUACAAACCAAAACAGAACACACAAAUCUCAUCCUUGCACAGUGACACUUCUCGCUCUCCUUUUUUAGGGUGUAUGUGUAGAAACCAGGGGAGAGAGGAGAACUUUCUGAAUGUGCACAUGCCGUAUCAAAUCCACAAAUCUCCAAAAUGUGUUACCUGCUCCAAGUUGAGACACGGCCACCUACCCAAUACCAAAGCACAGAUGUUGCUAAUUUGUCUUUUCUUUGCGCCCAUAGAGACAUGGCCAUGCAAGAUGACAGCCUCUGCAGGAGUUUCUUUGCUCCUGUGUUGAUAUAAAAGACUCACUCUUCGCUAAAGCUGCUGUGAGAAACUCUUAAUGUUGAUUUUGGCCCACCUUUGGGUGAAGUGAUACGUCUUCUAUCUUUGCUGAUUUUGUACAGCACAUGUUUUCACUUUGUGUCUGACACAAUCCUAAAUUACUCAUAAGUUGUAAAGUUUCUGUGAAAUUAGAAAUCAGGUCACAUUUUCAAACCUGACAGACAUUAUUGAUCAGCCUGAUACUUGGUAUAAAAGUUUAGAUUUGAUUGUUAAUGUAGAAGUGUUCAUAACAGCUGACAGACUCCUGCCUACAAAGGUAGAGCUCAGUUUUCUUCAUCAAAACAUUUAACAAGACAAAUAACUGAUAAUACAAAGAAAAACCUCUAUACCUCUGCUGAGAUUUAGUCUAUGACUUGUUAUGUUUUUAAGUAGUGAUUCAAAACAAAUCAUAUAUACAACUGAGAUCUCAGCUCAUCACAUACCGACCGUUUAGAAAUAAGAUGUCUUCAUGAUCUGUUUUACUGACUGUUGUGUGGUCUGUGUCUGCUGCUGAACUCCAGUCAUAUAUAGUAGGUGAAGUCUGAGCUACUGCUUCUGCAGCAAGAGGUUAAAGUCCCACUCUGAUCAAUUUUUUAUUAUUUAAAGUGUUCUCAGUGGUCUUUAAAUUGUGAUUAUUAUUAGCCAAAAUCAUGCUACCUUUGUCAUUUUCAGAGGCUUUUCUUCUGCAGAGCUCCAGUAGCUCAUUAGCAAUUCGCCUCUGAGUCGUGGGUGGAGACAGCGCUGCUCUGCACACUACUCCUCACACUACUCCUCACACUAGCUUGCUGCCUAACAUAGCACAGUAGAAGUAGCAGGUUUAGGGGCUAUUCAGCUCUUGCAAUCCGCUAACGUACACGUUUGUUCUGCAAUCGUCCUCUCUACUUCUCAGAGUCUGGCCUGCAUAGCGGGGCUUCAGGGGCGGAGUUUGGAUGUGCUGUGUAGGAAAUCUCACUCUGCCUAAACCUGCUGUUUGGGUCUACCAGAGAUUCACAGCGAUUCGAAUGCAGAAAUAGUCAGAAAUGCAAUUUCACACUUACUUUUCUCAUGAUAUGCCCUGUAGCAUCAGAAAAAAAGCCAUAUGAACAUGUAGACAACAGGGAAAACGUGAUUUCCAUCAAAGUGGGUCUUUAAAGGGAUGUACAUAGAAUGAUGAAGACAGUCACUUCUACAGCUCUGUGCCAUCUGUUGAAGUGAUAGGAAAGUUUUGCGUCCUUCCUUAGUCUGUCAGGAAUUUGUUGACUUUCUGGCGUCCUAGCAAGUCAUCCAUGCGAUUCAACUUCUGGUUUAAAGCGUGGUGUGAAAACACUGGUGCAUGUGCAUGACGCUCAGGCCGUUUUCAGUCUGAUUCAGUUGUAUACAUUGGAAAGAAAAGUGAUCCUCGACUGCGUUAUCCAGCAUAUGUUAGUCCAACUAUGAGAUGUUUCUAGUGUGAUUUCUGUCAGAAGACUAAUGUGUCUACACGUUUUUGAAAAGUCCAGUUUCAGCUGGACGGAGGAAAUAAAUUGAUUCUUUUAAACAUCAUGUGGACGUAAUGAGGGACUGAUGAUUGAUACUGAAGCAUCUCUGUUGGUCAAAGACUUCUGCAAAGGCUGCUCUUGUGUAUUGUUGGUUCCUGUUCCUCCAGCUUUCUGGUCAAACUGGAGCAACGUUUGGAUUUUAGUUUAAAGGAUUAGGAAAUUAAGACCAAAGACGACCCUGCCAGAAAUGGCUGAGUGAACCUCACACCCGGUGAGUUAACGCUCCAGCCUGGUUCACACACCUCUCCUGACAGUAGAGUGUUUGUUUCUUGUCUGCUUUUGAAUGCAGCCUGGACUUGUAAUGGAGACAGAUAGUUUUUGUUUUUCCGCUUGUAUCUUUGACAGAUAUUGUCUUGUCAACACAUCCAUUUACCUUCACACCUACACACAGCGCUGCAGAUGAUCGGCUGUUACAGUUUUGUUCUGUGUUGCUUUGAGGUCGUCUCCCCUGUGGGCAGCUCAGGAGGUUAGAGGUCAAAUGUUUGGAUCAUUAACUGACAGUCUGCUCCUCUUAUUGCUAUGUCAGCUUCAGAACAACAUGUUGUUGUUGUUGUUGUUUUUCUGAUGGUAAAUAAUAGAUAUGAAAUCAGGCUCAAAUCACCAUCAGCAGCCACGUUUAAGCUCCAGGCAGCAGGGACACUCUGCUCCGUCAGCCAGCUUCUCACCAUCACUCAUAUUCACUCAUAUACGAACAUGCUGUAAACGGGGCUGUUAUUGCAACGUCAGCCAUGUUUUUUGUGUCUGUGAAGUGACCUUUAACCCCAAGGGAGUCCUCCCCACCCGCCUCCUGAGUCAAUACUCGUGAGCUUCUUCCUCACCUGCGAGCCCGACGUCCCUCUACACUCCCACCUCCCUCCAUUACUAAUCAAUUAGACACUAAAGUAAUUAGAUUGUAUCUGAUGUGCCCAAAACAGCCCUGUGUGUGUGUGUGUGUGUGUGUGUGUGUGUGUGUGUCUGGGUGAUUAGUGGGCUAGGUAAUGAUCUACAGGGGCCAUACCAAAUUAACAAUGCAACCUCUUUAAUGAGCCCCUAUUAGCCCUGCACCCAGAUUUUACCACACACACAUACACAUACAUACACACACUCACAGAUCUUUCCUCCACUUUGCCUCAAAGGUCCAAUAUAAUUGCACUUGGGUUCAGUUUUUCAAUUUUUUUUCUUCUAGAGGUUAAUAAGUACGUACGAUUAUAGUUCCUUCAGUAGGAGCUGCAUGGCUGAAAUGAGACAGAACCUGCACUGGAGCUGCAGCUGUGGAUGGUUUUGAAACUUUUAAAACCCAAACAUGUGUAACAUUUGAUGUUGUCAAUUCUUCUUGUGUAGAUAGUCUGAUGUGUCCCAUGAAGUAACGUCAUACUUCGAAUCAAGUCACAUGAUGUGAAUUCAAUCAGUGGUUUACACACAUUAACAGAAUGUCUAAUAAAGUUUUACUUGAACUUGUGAAGAGGUCCACAGUGUAGCCCCCAAAGCCGAAGACAGAGAUGGAUUAAAAUGUCAUUUAUGUUGUAGAAUAAUUUUUUGAAGGAAGGGAAACGCAACCUCCAUGGUCAAUACAUCAGUAUUGUGCAUCAAAUCAAGCCAAAGUACCUGCAGUACCUCUGACUGCCUGUGGCUUAAAUCAACUCUUUGCAACUCCAUCUGCUGCUGCUGCUGCUGAAGGACUGUCAGCCUCCUCUUCACCCAAAGUAGCUGGGAUAAACACAGCCAGACUUUAGAGCAAGUUCUGUGAUUUAAAUUAUAAAACAGAGUUGAAAUCCAUCUUAAAACGAGCAAGAAAAGGGCUAGUAAGCUAAGAAUCCAGCUGAUACACGAUUACAGUGGGAGGUGUUCGGGGUCAGGUUGGUAAAAUGAGAACUAGGCCAAAAUAAAUAAUAUGUUAUCAUGAUGUGUUCAAAUGUCAUAUACAGAAAAGAGAACAACCAAGUUUGGUGAAAAAUUAGAAUAAAAAAACAAAUUUUUGUGUAUAUUUUUGUUUGCACAGUGAUAUUUAGUACAUAUCAUGGAUGGAAUUAUAACCUGUUUAACAUUAUUACACAAACUCUAAUUCAAACUCUAGUUAAUGGGGCAUGUUUAUGAAGGCUGAAUUUUUUAUUUCAUUCAGAAACAGUCGCUUCAGCAAUAAAAGCAAUGUCAGCUCUGUCAAAUACCUAUUAGUGUUUUUGUUUUUUUUUCAAAUUUUAUUUAUUUAUUAAUUUCUUUUAUAGUAGUAUCUAUCUGUACUCAAACCAUUAAGGAGCCUCAAUAAUGGCAUCAUUAUCAGGAGAAAUUGACGAUCCUCGUCCUAUAGCUACUACUUAACUUACGACGAUUUUGAAAGUUGGUCAUCAGUUGUUGAACCAGUAAUGGAGGAAUCAGAUCAUGCACAAUUGCGCAGUAGUUCCUGGUCCAUUUUGAACUCCUACAGCAUGGCCCUAACUUUAGACUGUUUGGUUGAAUGUCACAGUGUAUGCUCAAAACAGAAACCUCUGCUGUGUUGUUUCUUAUUGAUGAGCUGCCAUGAUGAGCAAGUUCUGGUUGAAAUAUUUUGCAGUGCUGAGGGUAAAAUGCUCUCAAGAACUGCUGGUGUUGCACCAGCUCCCACCCUGUGUUCAUUCAUCUCUUGCGUCCUUGUUUCUAUUUUCACUUUCAGCAGAAAUUGUAAGGAUGUGUCAUGUCUGUCUGUCUGUGCACAGCAUGAAAAUAUAUAUACCAACGAACAAUUAGCUAUUAAAUUCAUCUUGUACACUAUGUCAGGUAGGAGUGGGAGAAAAAAUCGAUACAGCAUAGUAUCAGGAUUUUUUGUCUGGUGAUGUAUCAUAUUGUCUCAUUUACCAAGUGUCAAUUUUUUCAAAUUAAUUACUAACAUGAAGUCCAAUCUAUGAUACAGGAAAAAUAAAAUCAACUGUUAGUUUUGUAAGGUUGGCAGAGGUGACAUCAUGGAGCAGGAGAAAGUUAGUACAACAAAUAUAUAAAUGGUUUGCAAGAUGUGCUACAUGAAAAUAAAAUACAGCGUAACUAAGACAAACAUAAAGGAAAGACAAAUGCUAAAUUAGCUAAACAGUUCAAAAAAUUGUAUAAAUAAAAGUGAACGGGUGGUAAUGUAUAUUAGAACCCUGACGUGGUGGGCAGCACCUCAGUGUGAAGUAGAGUAGCCUCGCUCAACCUCUUUCAGCUCUCUCUCUUCUGGAGGCUUUAAACAUAAAUGUGAUAAAUGCUACAACUUUGAACACGGUUGCUUUUCUCACUGCUGCUCAUGGUUUUUAGUUACUUUGGAGAGAUCAGCAACUUGGAAAUGUUUUUUUUUUUCCAGUGCACAGAUUGCAGAACAGGAUGUUGCUCCACUUUUUCUCUGUCAGAGAUGGUUGUGGUCCAGAAGCCUCUCAGGCUGCUCUCACAUCUGAGCUCAAUAAUUGUCCUCUUGUCCUCGCUCUAAUACGAAAACUUAUGAUUUUGCCAUGGUGUCAACAGGCAGAAGGGAAAUGUGUCUGACUCCUUUAUGUGAAUGUUUUACGUUGGCCUGUUCUGAAACUGUUUGAAACAGUUUUUGUCAAUGAAGGCUGGUGGAUUUGAACAGAGCAACCUGCAGCUAUUCUAGGUUGAAAAAAGGCAUUUUACUGCGAUAAAUAAGGUGUUUUGAAUUAGAAGUUGAUAUCUGUACCUGGUAAAAUUCCCAACAAAGCUACAGAUAAAUACCCCUCAUAAGUACCUCUGGUUUUAGCACGAAAGCCAUCACACGGAAAUGGCUGAAGAAAACCCACAACUAAAGACCGACUGGAUGGCUUUAUUCAUUAAAGUACGCUGCAUGGAGAAACUGUCAUUUGCCCUGAGACUGAAAACUAACAAAAUAUGAGAAAACCUCUAUAUGAGGUCCACACCGACUAACUCAAACUAAAAGGUAUAUCCCCAAGCCACUCAGCGACAAAAUCAAGAACAUCUAGUGGACGUAUUUUGACUUCGCCUCUGUGCCUUUAAGAUUACAGCGCAGUCAAAUCUAGAGCUCUAAACCUUUUUGGGCCUCUGUUAUUUAAGAUGGGAAACAUUUAAAAUCAUAGCAGUGUUUACACAGAUAUUUAGUGCGAGCACUAACAGAAAUGUGGAUUUUUUCAGAUCUGUUCUGUGAGUGUUUGAUAUUUCAUAUUUCUCCUCAGCUGUCAGACAGACACAUGAAUGAAUUUUGUCUGUCACUUGUAUAAAAGUCUCUCUCUCACCGUCCUUUGUGUUCUGUCUCUCAGCUUGUUUCAGUCACAUUCAUCAAUUCUUCACAUUUCCUCUUUUUCCUUCACUGUUGGUUCAUUCAGAGAAAUCCUGGCUCUGCUCCCAUCUUUCCCCCUCUCUUUCUCCUCCUCUCUUUCUUCCUUUUCUUGCCCUCCGUCCUGUUCUGUCAUUCUGAUUAUCAGUCCUCUUAUCCCCCUCUGUGCUGUCAGGACACUAUCUCUCUCUUUCUCAAAUUAACAUUUUAAUUACAGGCCCUGCUUAACCCCAGAAAAUCAAUACCUCUUUCCGCCUUUCCUCUCUCGCUGUCUCUCUUUCUCUCUUUCCCUCAAACCCCCUUAACCCCCUUUCUUCUCUCUAUUUCUCUAACAACCCCCAACGCACGCACACAAGCACGCACGCACACACACACAAACACUCGCUUAUACUCAAACACAUUUCCUCCCAUUGAUCUGAUCCCAUAUUGAACGUCCACAGCGUCCAGACAAACCUCUGCUAUUUGUGCUCUGAGAAAAGCAGAUUGAGUCGGUAUUUUACAAUCAAGAGAAAGACAGACAAACAGACAGAUAUCACAGUGGAAGAAGAGGAAUAAAAAUGAUGGCUGGAUAUCAGAUCAUUACUUGCUGAAUUUUGUUCAACAAUGAACUUCAUUAAUUAAAAUUGUGCCUGAAUGAUGGUGUUUGCAUCAUGUUUCACAAGCUUUUAUAGAUCCUGGUUUCUAAACACCUAAGUCAUCAUGUGGUGCAGAGGUUUAUUUAGCUUCUUUGUACAUUUAUCAUUUUAUUUUUUAUUAAUCGUUAUAAUUGUACCAUAACACAAUAACAAGGUUGUUUUUUUUUUUUCACAUUUUAUAACAAAUACAUUGAAUGGACAAAAUAAUAAAAUAUAGAAAUCUGCAGCAUAAUCAAAAGUUGUAUAACUUUAUUUAAAAUGUAUCAUUAUAAUUUUAACACAAGAGAGUAAAAGAAAUGUUAUUUCAUGUCUAAUUAAUUCAUUACUGCAUUCUUAAAAAUUCUGAAAAUUAUCUUAAUAUUGUAUAAAUUUGAAUAGAAAAAAAAAUAUGGACAUAUAAAAGGCUUUUAUGUGAAUAAAUCACACCAUUCAGUCAUGAGAUUUAGCCGAGCAUGUUUGUUCAAACUAUUAUAUUCAAUAAAAUGUUUAAUCAGAAUUUUUUUUUAAAAGCAUUGAAUAAUAUAUAUAUUUUUUUUUACUUUAAUUCUAAAUUUCUUAGAAUAUUUUGUAAAAUGUAGUCAGAUUUAACCCUAACACUUUUUUGUUAUUUUAUGUAAUGAUAUCUUGUUCACUUUACCUUUUAUUGUCUUAUUCAUUAUCGAGACUUUUAAUUUAAUUAUCUGUUAAAUUUAAAAUAUGGGUUAUUGAAAGCACCUGGGAGGAGUUUAUAGACAUUAAACAGACCAAAACUUAAAGCUUCUGUAGGGAAUUUUUCCAUGUUUGAGGCUGAAAAUAUAUUGAAGCCUUUUCAUGACCCAUAAAAGCAAAUAAAACCGUCAGCAACAAAGUCAAGAUUUUUUAUUCAGUAAUCUUUAACAGCUGAAACUGCUGCAAGGGGGCAGGCAUCAGCCAAGCAGCUAUAGAAUCAGCCCUGCUUUUAAACUUCUCAAAUCUAAUAUUCAUAAUUCAUGAAACAUUUGACAGUCAAAAGUCAACAGGAUGAGAUUUUUUUGUCCAAAAUCACUACUCAGACAUGUAGAGGACAAGAUAGGAAAAUGCUGGUUUGUCCACAGGGGACUGCCAAAAUUGACACAAACUUAAAGUUCCUCAUAGGAGCUUUAAGAUGAAGUGUGAGGACCAUGUUUUAGAAAAUAAAAAUCCUAAGAAUUCAAGAAAAAAAUGACAAAUUGACUAUAAUAAUAUCGCAAAAAUGAAAUAUUACAAUAAUAAAGCUGAAAAUUCAUAAGAUACAUAGAUUAAGGCUGGUUUGACUGAUUUGAAAAAGAAGUUUUUUGUAAUUAAAGCAGCAGAGAAAAUAUGCAGAGAUCCCGUCCUUCUCUCCUCGCAGAGCAGCAGAGUUUAAGUGUUAAACUGUACAGAGAAAAUCGUUUGUUCAGUGCAGCGUGGAGGUGAAUCUGACUCCUCCAGGUCAGCUCUAAUAAUGUGAGGGAUCAGCAUGUCAGCUUACUGCUCUGCUCUGAUCUCACCUGCAGUCUCUGUGUGUGCAAGAGUGUGUUAAGACCCGAUCAGUCCCCAGAGACCCUGCUAAACCUGGUCUUUGACACCACACACAGAAACACGUGCAGAACAAUCAUUUUGAUUGAAUCUUUCUGCAGAAUUCUCCUCUUCCUAAAAUGUCUCUGUCAGUUAUCUCUGAUUUACAGUCAUCUGUUAGCAACCAAACCAAUCAAUCUGACAUCAUGAACUACAACUGAUUAUACAGUAUAUUUUAUUCCAGGCUUUGUAGAAAAUAUACUGUUGCUCUAAAGGGAGUAUGGAUGUCACUUUGCUGAUCGUGACAUGCUGCAGUUGGACUGAGAAGCAACAUCCCAUAACAUGACUGCUGGUAAUGUCAAAACAGUGAAAACAACUAAAAUGAGAGUAAAACAGGCAAAAAUAUGACGUAAACACUCGCUUAAAGUUCGUGUGGCUUGUAGUCCCCUGACAUCAACAUCUGCAUGUGGCCAGUAAACUGGGUUUAUGUAACAUUUCCACAUGGGGAUGGGAAUCUAGAGCUAGUGCUGGAUGAGAACCAGUUCCAACUAGUUUGAGCAUGUUAACAAAGUUUGAAAUCCUUUGUCUUUAUGCUCAGCGGGUAUCUUAUCAAUACCUUUGAAUUAGUUUCAUGUGCUGAGCAAAAUGAUGACAUGCCACAUAAGAUGCAGUUAGUGCCAACAACAACCAGGGAGUCAAGUCAUGACGGGCAGAAGACAAUAUCAGCUUUAAAGACAGAAUGCUACCUUCAUGAGGCCAGGAGGUCAUUCUGACACAGAAGACCUGUUUAGACUUCUUUUUUACAGGUAUUGAUAAGAAAAUCCAUAGAGAGUCAGCUGGAUAUACAGAUUCAAUAACAGUGUCCAUAAAAUCUUACCUGUCCCCAUCCCUAUCUUUAUGUACCUGAUAUCAAAUUACACAAAGCAAAACCCAGAAGUCUUGACACUCAGCUGUACUUUCAGAUAAAAUUAGAAUUUUACUAGCAAUAAAACUCUAAUUUAUUUUAUGUCUGCCUAAGAUAUGGAUGAUGAAUAUUUCAUCCUUACCUUAAUAUUUCACUCACAUCACCUUAAUCUGACUUUUAGCAGGAAUUUUAGCAGAGAGCUGGCGUGUAAAAGUCGGGCGAAAUUGAGGUGAAUUUGACUGUUUGUGUUCCCACUUGUGGUUACCCUGGAGACUUUGGGAAAUGUAUAGGAGUUUGUUGCGUGUGUAUAAACCAAUUGUUUGGGAUUUCAAUCAAUCAACAAAAAACAAACAAACAAAGGAUAGCCAAAUCUAUCCCAACCCAAGAUUAAAAAAAUACCCAAAUCUACCCCAAUCCAACCCCUCAUUCCCACCCCACGAUCUAAUUGCAACAGAAACAGUAUUAAAAUGCAUAAACUUAAAAAGGGCUUGAUUUUGUGGAACCAAAAAGGAGUGUACGCAUGGAGGAAAUGCCAUUUUAAAACUCAAGAUAAAGAAACACUGGAGGUUUAGGUUAAAAUCUAAAAACAAACAUAGAAUGAAAUUUAAGAAAUAAUAAAUAAAAUGAAAUAAAAAAACGACAGUAAAAGAUAUUAAAAUAAGAGCACAAAAAUAGCUCAAUAAAAGACGAUCCUGAAAUCAAAACUAGAAAGAGAUAAAUGCUAAAACACUCAAAGUUAAUGAUAUAAAAUUUAGUUAAAAGCAAGACUAAAAAGGUAUGUUUUCAGUUUGCUUUUACAAUCUUUGACGUCUUCUUUAGUUUGUAGGAAACAAGGCCCAUGAUUAAGAUUCAUCACAGUGUUUUAUCACUUAUUUCUCUGUCAGAUAAGUGUUUUUAAAGGUUUGGGAUCAGUUUGUUUCCUCAUGGAGUAAAAUUUUGUCACACACGCUCAGUGCUGCCAGAAGAGGUUCAGACCUUUAAAAUGAGAUCUUUCCUCUGAUCUUUACUCCUCUUCUGUCUGUUUGCAGGUUUGGACCCACUUCCUUCCACCUCAACAGCACCUGUCACCAAAAAGCCUCCUGCAAAAAGACCUGCAGCUCCCCCUCCCCCACCCUCCUCCUCCCUCCCCUCUUCCUCCUCCAGACGGCUAAAGCGUCUGAUAGAGGAGGAGCAGGAUCCAACAUGUGCAGCUGCCACACUGCGCCUCCUCAGACAGAAUCUCCCUCCACCACCUGCAGAGCCCAGGUACACCUCCUUUACUACUUAGCUCACACUUUGGGUGCUGUUUUUGCUGUAGCAGAAGUAUGGAGUCUGUUCAGAGAAAAGGAGACUAUCCAGGGAGGAGCUGGUUGUGUGAACCAGAACCCUGAUAGAGUUAUCUGGCCUGCAGUGCUUCUCAGUGAUAAUAAAUUAAAUACUUCAUGUUUUUAGCGUGGAUAUUUCUCUAUUUUUCUUUGUUGAAAACUCCUGGCAUUCCAUUAAGCCAUACUCUUGUGCCUUGGGUUGAGUCUAUUGACUAAUCAGAGGCAGUGUUCCAAAUUUAUUACCAAUCAGAAGCUCCGUUGCAAACAUGAGUCAAGGUCGAUCUUAAAAGAGAGUUCACAAAGCAACCAAAUCAAUGAGUGAACCUGCAUAGAUGUGGUAAAUGAUCUAUUUUGCACUCAUGAAUAUUUUUUUACUGCUCACAAUGUAUGAGAAGAUUUUUAUCAACUUCUUACUGGAGCAAAACUUCAGUUUUCAUACAUUGUAUUUGGCACUAGAGCUGUGCAUUAAUGGCAAAAACCAUCAUCACAAUUAUUUUAAUUGAAAGUAAGAUCACGGUUACCGAACACAGUUGCUUAUGAAUUGACCUCAACAUGGCACGUGUCCAUUAGACUUAAAAACUUUAAGGAGAGGAGCAGGAGGAGGCAGGUGGGUGUAUAUGUGUGUGUCUGAAAAGCCAAGGAACAGAAUGUGAACAACUAGCAUGUGACGCAAAAAACAAAAUACAAGCCUAAGUCUGGAUGUUAUUUAAAGACUUGAAGUGACUGGAUGGUUUGAAAGUUUGAAAAAGGUUUGCAGUUGUGUAAAUGUGUGUGAUGCAGUAUUCUAACCUUUGGUAAUUGUUUUUAAUAAUCGUGAUGUCAAUACCAAUUAAAAUAAUUGAGAUUAUGAUUAUUUCUAUAAUUGAGUAGCCCCGCCUUCUCGAUGAUGUUGACUGUACAAAAAGUUUCAAUAUUAAAAUCCUCAGAAACGUCUCAUUUUUUUUCUUUUUUGACUACAGACCCUGAAUUUGAAUGUUAAACUGGUUGAACCUUCCCUCUUUAUCUGGUCUUUCCAGCAGUUCCUCUGGUCCCAGUUCUUCCCAGUCCAGCUCGGACCAGAAAGCUGUUGAUACUCCUGUGGUUCCCUUUGGUUUGGACCUUUACUACUGGGGCGAGGAGCAGCCGAACGCGGGCAAGAUCAUCAAGUAAACACUCCACACACUCAGGAAAACACACAAUCCCAUACUGGGAGACACACACACACACACACACACACACACACACACACACACACACACACACACACACACACACACACACACACACACACACACACACACACACACACACACACAUCUGUACAGGUCAUUGAGUUGUAGAAAACUGAGUUAUAGUGGAAACAGAAAAAUUAUAAUCUAGUGUCUGACUGAAUGUCACUGCGUUUGUUUCAGUAUUUCAUGCAUGUGAAGAAAUUUAAUAUCUACACUGAGUUCCCUCAUAGAACACAAUAAUAAGCUCAGCAUCUGGAAAUCACAUUUCAUGCUCUCCUUCUUCUCCUGCUGUCAGAAGUUUUAAACAUUUUGCUUUGUGGGGUCAAUGUUUAACCAGAUAAAUCCUCUUUUAUAGCAGUUUGUUUUCUUUUAUGAAUGAUUUUCUACAUUUAUUUUAAGACAAGAUAAAUAAACACUGGUUCAGUCUCAGAUGUGGGUAUGAGCUCGCUGUGUUUAACUCUCAGCGGUGUCUUUCUUGUUUCAGGGCGGCCUCUCAGCAUCAGUUCUGGGUUCAUGCUGAGGUGAACGAGGAAGUCCAGAACGAGGAGCUGCUGGCAGAAAGCAGGAGCAGGUACAUCUCCUUCCCUGGGAAGUUCACUCCAGUAAGCCAUCACUGCAACGCUCCGCUGGGCAACGGGAAGCUGUGUCCGAGGCAGGACAGACACAAGGUAAUGCACAAACAGCUCACUCAUGCCUCAUGUUUAAUUGUUUGUGUUUGAGCUGUGACUCUGCGUCCUCCAGUGUCCUUUCCAUGGCCCCAUUAUCCCUCGAGACCAGGAGGGGAAACCCUGCAGGGAGGAGGACCGCUUGAGGGAGCAGCAGGAGGAGAGAAGGAAGAGGGAGGAGCAGCCAGGUGAGGAAACUCAGACUCAAAUUUGCUAUCUUUGAAUCCUUAUUUCAAAUGGGACCAAAUCUUCAGUUUAUUUGUUUGCAUUAUAAUGGUUCUGUGUCCCGUUAUAGUUAAGCAGCAUCCAGAAACACUGUUAAAGCUACAAAAAUAAUAGUUUUUCGUGAAAUAGAUUGACAUCAAUAUUGAUGCCUUUUUAUAAUAUCCAAAAGCAGGCAGGACCAUGAAUGACAUGACUGACUGUAUUUUUAUCAAAAUUUUUCCUGCUUGACACCGCUGUUGCGAGGUAGGUGUCUGCCAAGUAGCUGCAGAAACAAAAUUCUCACAUUUAGUGAUGCAUCAUCCACACAGCCGUAAAAAUCAACAGGAUAAGAUUUUUGUCAAAAUUAUUACUCAAGUAUUUAGAGAACACGACAAGCAUUGACUGCUUUGUCCACAGGGGGCGCCAAAAUUAACCCAGACUACAGUUCCUCACAGGAGCUUUAAGGUGGAUCCUUGGUGCUUUAAGUUAACAGAUUACAGCUAUUUUCUAACCGCCCCAUUGUUUAAACUUAGCCCCCCCCUACAGACUAGUGUUGCAUAGUGUUUUGAAAUGUUGAUUCAGUGUGGGCUUUUGCCUCCACUGAGAGAGAGAAAAGUGAUGCCUCUGCUUCAACAUGUCCAUAUCUGGAAACAACAGUGAAUCAUCAUAAACAAAUACUUAAACGCCCUGUACUGGUGAACAUACCCAACUGCCUGAGUUAGCAUCAAGGAUGCAAUGAUGAAUCGGUUGAGCGAUGGUGACAUCAAAUAUUGGUCCUGUUGACUGACAUCGGUACAUAAAUGAUAUGUUUACCUUAAGAAUCUGUUAACCAUAGACUGUAUAAAGAAUGGACGUCAUCUGCCUCCUUGCUGGGUGAAGUCACCGCAAGAACAGCACCCUCUGGUGACGGGUUGCAGUAUAGGUCAUAAACCUCGCCUCCUGCAGUAAUCCCUAUGGAGUUGUGGAUAAACUUUAGAAAUUUAUUACACAGAAUAUACAUUUUUCUGCCCCCUGUUUGCGAUGUUGACAUGUAACUACUGUAAGACUGGUUUGUGCUCAAGUCCUCUUUUUUCUGUGCGUACAACGUUACUGCGCAAGUGGUGGUUUCAGGAAGUGGAGAAAAAUCCCGGCAAUACCGAGAGCAAUUCGGCUUCAAAUUUGUACAAUGACGUAAGGCGGAACCAAGUUGUCCAGAGUAUAUACAGUCUAUUGUUUUAAUAAUCAAACCUGACAGAAAAUGUGUACAGUGUAGGAAUAUUACUCCAUUACACCAGACAUCAUUUUAUUCAGCUCUUUUUGCCCCUCCAGGCUAAAGCCUUACAUGUCUUAGCAAAGAGAGCAAAGAUUUGUUCCUCUAUUUUCAGUCAAAAUUUGUCUUAGUUGUUGUGGGUCAUUCAGUGAUUUUUCUCUUGAAGUCUUGGUAUAAACUAGAGUGGAAGAGUCUUUGGUCCACUGGUUUUAGUGGACUUUAGAGGUGGUAUAAAUGCCUUUAAAGACUCCCAGAGAAACUGAUGGACAGAUGUGGUGUCAUGAUAUAUUUUCCUUUUUGUGCACCAACAAUAAUAAAGUCCAUCAGAGCUCAGUGUGCAGAGAACAAACCGUUUGUGAAGGAGAAAAAAAACAGUCUGUUCUUCACAUUAUCAUCCGCUGAUAGUCUGUGUGAGAGUCUGCAGGAUGUCCACCAGCUGCCUGCAGAGACUUGUUAACCUCCAGUUCUCUCUGUGUGUGUGUGUGUGUGUGUGUGUGUGUGUGUGUGUGUGUGUGUGUGUGUGUGUGUGUGUGUGUGUGUGUGUGUGUGUGUGUGUGUGUGUGUGUGUGUGUGUGUGUGUGCGGCAUGCAGUCCAGUGAGUUGUGAAAUAGCAUCUUUUGUUACCAACUCCACUAUUGAUCCGCCAGUCAAUCUCACACCUUUACACACAGAUAUAAACACACACACAUCAAUCUCACAGCAGGUUGGGGGGCUGACUGAGUUGAUGGACCGUUGACCUCAGCUCGGUCUACCUACUGAGACACACAAACACACAUGUUUGCUAGUUAAACAGACAGUGAGUAAAGAUGCUUCAGGUUGUGUGAAGUAAAUGUUGAUUGGACCUGCAGUGACAGAGGGCAGAAAGUCACUUGUUACUGCUGCUGGAAACAUUGUCUUUAAGAAAUAUGAUGAUUGAGGUAUGAUUCAUGUUGCUCAGUUCAUGAUGUGAUUUUUCUAGAUUUUUUUAAGGAUGUUUAGUUUCAAACUUUAGAAAAAAGAUUACCUCAUUAGACUGUUAUUCGUGAUGCUUCUAUAGUUUUCGUUUUUCCUGACUUGUGCCGAGAGUACCCUAUUUGCUGUUUUUAAAAAUAUAACAUGCUUUUAUUUUGAAAGGACACUUGACGUGCUCCCGCUUGAUUGUAAAGUCAAGAGAUAAUUCAAACACCCAACAGUAGAAAGGGUUGGCCUUUCACUUACCAUAUACAUGGGUGAUCACAGUCAGUGCUCCACAGGAUUUAUCUUCUUUGGACUGCUUUUGGUCGGCUCUGACGCCUGUAGACCUGGAACAUCCAAAAGUGCUGGAGUUUUUCAAAAGCGUACUAAAAGAUAUUUUACAUCUUAAACGACUGUGAAAACAUCAGAGACCCCACACCUGACAGCAAAUGAUAGCAGGUUUGAUAAUUUUGUUCCUUUUGGUAUGUGGUUUGAAACAAUGUAGUGAAAACAGAACAACACACGAGGACUCUCCACCAGCUACUGGACUACCACUAUUACAAAUCUCUUAACGGGACUGAAAAGGAAGACAAACCCUUACUGGCUGCUUAGUUUUCUGGUUCAUCCACUGCAGUAGUUGUUUUAGAGCCUCCCUGUAUCAGUUCAGUUGUGGUAUAUUUUACUUGAGCAUGUCUUUUUCUGACAUCUUGCUCAGUCGAUGCUUCCCGUUUACUACACAUGCCAUGGCUGCUGCUUCUCCAGCCAGCCUGCUUUCUGAUUGGCUAACAAGUUGUUCUUCAUAAAUAUUGAACAUAUUUGAUAUUUACAAUACUAAGUUUGAUUGUCCACAGAGCAGAUCCAAGGAAAGAAAAAGAAAGGACUGAAGAUCAGCACAGUUGUUUGAUAGUGUGUGUGUGUGUGCCCUGCUUUACCUUCACAGUUUGGUCCAAAGUCCUCAUCAUCCUCACACUGGGCCAUUUUUAAUGCUUCAACACACCAACUCUGAGAAACCAAGUGUUCAUAUGACGCCUAACAUACCCCAGCCAGUGACAGGUGACAGUGCAAAGAGAUAAUCAAUGAUAAACCUCACCUGUCAGUGAUCAUAGUGUUAUUGCUGAUCAGUGUAAAUCAAACCUACACACACACACACAGAUAAAACCAAACAUGAGAGAGUCAGCAGCUGACAGACACAGAGUCCCUGUGCUUAGCGGUGUGAAUCUGAGAGACGUCUGAACAACCCAAAGACCCCUGAUGCCUUCGUGGAUGUGUGUGUGAUGUGGCCCCUGCUUUCUCUCUCUCUCUCUCUCUCUCUCUCUCUCUCUCUCUCUCUCUCUCACACACACACACACAUUGACCCCAGCUGGACAGGCUAUGAGGUGUUGACAGAGAAAAGAGCCCUGCUGCAACACUGAUUAAAUUCGCAAGCCCGUCUCCUUCUCUCUCCCUCUUUUUUUUCUUUCCCCUCCUUUUGACCAGUAUUUUCUUUCCUUUAAUCUCGUAUUUUUCUUGUUCUUAACUUUCAUUUUCUCUAACUCCUCUAAAAUCACAACAACAAAGCGGUGGAGGUCAGGACGCACACGUUCGACACACACAAUGUAAAUGCAGCUGCUCCUCUUUUAGCAGUAAUGAUUCUCCUAAACACACCAGCUGCUUUUCAAUUACUGGUCUGCUCCUCUGCCUGUGUGUGUGUGUGUGUGUGUGUGUGUGUGUGUGUGUGUGUGUGUGUGUGUGUGUGUGUGUGUGUGUUUGUGUAAUGAGGGAUAGUUGAAGGUCCAGUCAGACCCGGGGUCAGACUGGCUGAUUAAUAACCCUCUCACACACACAUUCACACGCAGACCCACACAGACUGGGCUGGGGUCAGUGUUUUGACAGAGUGGAGCGCCCGUCACACUCACAGUGUAAUUACGUUGCAUUACUGCAGGUUUAUCUCUAAUUCCUCGGCGGUUCGUCAUUAACCAGAAGUGUCUCUUCGUUUAGACCGUCAUUACUCUGCAUUACAGCCGCCUUUUACUUUAUCGCCCAGAAUUAUGACAUUACACUUUUCAUUAACACCAGAAUUCGAUCCAAAUGAGGCCGUCCCACACUCUGUUUACCGCCAGAGAGAAGCUGUGAGCUCAUUUACGUUAUCAGCUGUAAUUACUUCAUUACACGCUGCCUCAACAUUAGUUUCUGUUCAAGUUUUAGUUUGUUUUAGUAGCAGUGAGAGGGUUAUAGAGGAAAGAUCAAACUAACAAAUAAAAGAAUCAAACCAGUCAGUGCUGCCUGAAAAAGUCUCGAUCAUUUGAGGUAGUUGAAAGAUGGCUGUGACUCUCAGAAAUACUUGCCUUUUUGUGCUCUUUGGUCCCAAGUUUAUAUUUCUUUUCUGUCACUUUUUAAAGACAGUGCUUUGACUUCAUUAUUCCAGUUUUUAGGACUUUUUUCUCAUCAUUUGUUAAAUGAUAUCAAGUAACUAUUCUCUGUUUAGGUUUUAACUACAGCUCCUUUAAAAAUAUGUAUUUAAAAGGGUUCUGCAAAGACUCUUUUUACAGGGUAUACAUACAAAUGUUAUAUCUGUGGAGCUGAUGGGCCUGCGGACUGAGAGUGCUCCCAUUAUUCAGAGGUAAUGCCUUAAACAGGCGGCCUGGAUCUUGGAAACACGUUGGUUUCCAUGUGUUGUACAUUUAGAGUGUGAGUUGUGUUGAUCAAUCAUAAAAAGGCAGGAGAGACAGUUAGUAUGAAGAGCAAAAGUGGCAGAAUACAAUCCACUGCACCUCCAAGCUCCCAUCAAAGGUAAUCUAAUGAUGGAAAAUUCAUCUCUACAAACACAUAUUUGCAUACAAGUUGUUAGGAUGACCAGUCAUGUGAGGGGUAGAGCUGUGUAACUCGCACACCUCAGAUAUUUUGGUGCCAUGAGCAUAUAACAACCACCCUAAAUAAGAAUUUUCUACACCUGUUCAACAUUACUCAAGCUGUCAAAAUAUGUUGUGUUUUGUUAUUACCCUGUUUGGACUCUUUCUACUGUCAACAAGAUGUCAGCAGAAUGUCUGAAAUCACAGACAGCGAUAUACAGGCCAGUCUUUGUUACUCCUGUGGCAUGCUGAAGCUGUAACCCAGAUCUGUAACCAGAAAAACUUAUCAUUCAUAUGUACUUUCUGUUCUUUCAAGUGAGGCAUCUUUACACAAGUGCAGCUAACAAUCUUUACCAGAGCAACUUAAAUGCUUGACACUGGAAUUUAUUCAACGAACAAACCUGUCAAAGUUCUUUUCUGCUCCUCUUGAGCACAGACCUGACAAAGUUUGACUUUUUACUAGCUUACAUCAUAAUGUUUUUUAGUUAACUAAAGAUCUGUUGAUCAAAAAAAAAAAAAACACAAUAAAGCCUCUCUGGUACUUACUCUCUACAGUGAAACUAAGACCCCUAGAAGCAACCUUCCAGUACUGAAAACAACCAAUAAACAAGAGCCAUAAACAAUCUAAAAUCUACUUCAAGCAAAAAAACGUUUUCUUCUUCUGUGUUGCAGACUGGCGUGAUGCCGAGCUGAUGCGAGACAUCGAAGCAGCGACAGGAGAAGACCUGGGCUCUGACCGGGUUGGUAAAAAGAGAGGAGGGAAGAAGAAGAAAUAUCCAAACCUCAGUGACCUGAAGCAGAACGCCAACACAGCAAGAUCCAGACUGGAGAAAAAAGUCUUCAACAAGUACGUCACCUCCUGCUCAGUCAUCAUAUCAAAGAUGUCAAGAACAGAGAAAUAUGUUUAUGUUUUUUUGUCUUUUCCUGCAGGAGCGCCAUGCGCAGAGUGGCUGACGUGAUGGCUAAAGCUGACAGCAGGAAACACGAGAAGUUCUCCAACCAGUUCAACUACUCACUGAACUGACCUCUAAGCAGCUGAACAUGCCUUUAAACGAACUGAGACAGACUGUUUUUACUCUUCCUCUCAGGAAAAGACAGCAAAAUGAAAUAAUUUAUUGAUGAGAAAAUAGUGCUGACCAUGAUGGAAGUAUUUAUACUGAUGUUAAAACACUAAGGUGCAGCUGCAAAGAUGAAAAGAUGAGCUUUUGUUCCUUUAAAUCCACGAGUUGGGACGCUGUGUUAAAUGUUGAUAGAAACUUAGUUGGAUGGUUUGCAAACAUUUAAAGCCUUUAUUUGACUGAAAAUGGAGAAGAGACAAUAUUUAUAAUGUUAAAGCUGAAAAAUGGUAUUAAGAGGAAAAUAUCUGCGCAUGUUGAAUUUGAUACCAGCAUUGGACAUGGUUUAGAUUUCAGCUGCUCAACAGUUCAGUGUCUCUUUUGUCAUACUCACUGUGUCUGAUUGUAUAUUUUUAUCAACAUUGGACACGGUGUGGACACCUCUUAUGGCAGUGGUGUUGUACACAAACACUCUGUAACCACUGUGUUCUGCCUCCAGGGACCAAACACGCACAGUUUGGUCUCAUUCAUCAGCCAUAAUAUUGAAUACUGCCUUUGUACCAUGAACACUGAAUUUAACUGAAUUUUAUAACUUUUUAGUAGAGUCUAGUGGUUGAAUAUUCUUGCAAUGUUUUUAUUUGUUUAUAUUUCUUUGGGCAUUAAAUCUCCUUGUUGUAAAUAAACACCUAGCAUGUCAUAAA